AUUGACCCGAUCCAUCAGUGCUGGUCACUAACUUAAGACAUGGCAUGACCCGAUGGAACCAACUUGGCUGGGCUUCAAUACAAUGGCAGCUAACGCCACCCUGUCUCUCUCCUUCACCUCCUUACUCAAUCACAACCUCCAAUUCCGACUUCCCUCUAAACGCUUCGUUUCAUCUUCUUCGGUGCCUUUUCCUUCCCUGCGUCUUGUUGCGGGGAAGGGUAGGGUUUGCAGUUGCACUGCUUUGGCGGCAGUGGUGGAUGAAGAAACGGCGGUUGCAGACGUCGGAGAGCAAGUAAACGAUGAGGAAGGAAGACCGACCGAAGUUUAUGUCUGCAACCUUCCUAGAAGCUGUGACACGGAACAGCUACUUCCCAUGUUCAGGCCUCACGGAACCAUUAUAUCUGCCGAGGUUUGCCGGCAUGCCCAGAGCGGUGAAAGUAAAGGGUGUGCUUAUGUCACAAUGUCAUCUAUUGUCUCUGCAAAAAAUGCAGUUUCUGCAUUGGAUGGAUUGGAUGUUGGUGGGCGAGAAAUGCGGGUUAGAUUUUCUGUUGAGGUGAAUCCUAGGGGGAGGAAUCUUGAGACGAUGAACUCGUCACCCAGAAGAACUAUAUACUAUGAAGCUCCUCAUAAGCUGUAUGUUGGGAAUCUUGCCAUGUCUGCUACACCUGAAGACGUGAGAUAUCUUUUUGCUAGAUUUGGUAAUGUGGCCAGUGUGAGGCUCUUGCAAGAUUUGAAACAAGGCAGAAGACGAGCCUAUGCUUUUAUCUCUUAUCUUUCUGAGAGAGAGCGUGAUGCAGCAAUGUCCCUCAAUGGAACUGAAUUUUGUGGUCGUAAAAUUGUGGUUAGACAAGGUGUAGACAGAGAAAGCUGAGACGGAGCUAGAGCUUCAGAUUAUGCAUAGCAAUUAUUGCAAUUUUGGGUGUCUAAGAAGGAGGAAGGAAGCUCUGCUCAGGUAUGCGUAAGUGAGAUUGAUGAGAACCUUUCCAAACUAGAAAGUGUUAGCUGAAUAUAGGCGUAUCCUUUCCAAACUAGCUGAAUAUAGAUUCAUCAACAUCUGAAUUUUCACUCUUGUAUCCUUGUUGGAUCAAAUUGCAAUCAUCAACGUAUAAGUUCUUGUAAUGUGUAUUUGGACAUGAUUCUGCUGUAUUCAUUUUAAAGGUCAAGAACAAACAUUAUCAGAGUUGAUGAAGAACUCUUCUUUUUUGUUUUA